AAAUCUCGGCAGCCGGCUCCGCCCGCUAGGUCCGUUUCUUGGCUUUGCUCUGGACCUUUUGGGCCCGAGGUGUAGGUGCUGCUCCAAUCCUUCGGGCUCUGGACUUCGCUCCCACCUGUGCCGAUCAAAAUGCCCAACUGGGGAGGUGGUAACAAAUGUGGGGCCUGUGGAAGGACUGUGUAUCAUGCUGAAGAGGUACAGUGUGAUGGAAGAAGCUUCCACAGAUGUUGCUUUCUGUGCAUGGUUUGCAGGAAAAAUUUAGACAGCACAACUGUGGCAAUUCAUGAUGAUGAGGUCUACUGCAAAUCCUGCUAUGGAAAGAAAUAUGGACCCAAAGGAUAUGGCUAUGGCCAAGGAGCUGGCACGCUUAACAUGGACAGAGGAGAGAGACUGGGCAUCAAAGCUGAGAAUGUGCAACCUCACAGGCCCACAACAAAUCCUAAUACUUCCAAAUUUGCUCAGAAAUUUGGAGGAGCUGAGAAGUGUUCCAGAUGUGGGGAUUCGGUGUAUGCUGCAGAGAAAGUAAUAGGAGCAGGAAAGCCUUGGCACAAAAAUUGUUUCCGAUGUGCCAAGUGUGGAAAGAGCCUUGAGUCAACAACUCUGACAGAGAAAGAAGGGGAAAUCUAUUGCAAAGGUUGCUAUGCAAAGAACUUUGGACCAAAGGGCUUUGGUUAUGGCCAAGGGGCAGGAGCACUCGUCCAUGCACAGUAAAAGCUAAGACCGGGAGAACUAAAGCGCUAUGCACUGAGACUUUGUAUCAAGGCACAGGGAAUCUCUUAAUAGUAAACUACUGUGAAAAUUAUACCAGCAUAUGUAUACUGUUUGUUACUAUGUAUUUGGAGACACUUAAUUUGCAGGAAGAAAGCAUCGGAUUUAGUCUUUCUGCUUUCACUCCUGUGAAAAUUAUACCAGCAUGUGUAUAUUGUUUGUUACUAUGUAUUUGGAGACACUAAUUUGUAGGAAGAAAGCAUUGCAUUUAGUCUUUCUGCUUUCACUCCUGUGAAAAUUAUACCAACAAUACCAGCAUAUGUAUACUGUUUGUUACUAUGUAUUUGGAGACACUAAUUUGUAGGAAGAGAAAGCAUUGCAUUUAGUCCAUUUAAAAACAUAUUUACUCUGAUUUUAACUACAUAGCAUUUGAUUAGCUUUUUUUUUUUUUUUAAAGAAUCUUUGUUCUUUAAAUAAAGUUUCUUAUGCUUCUCA